AUGGUUGGAUUUACAUACGUUUCUGAUACGGACGACGAGUCGGCCAUCGACCAAAUCAUCUCUCAAGCUCAAGAUGCCUGUGUUUUGGAGCAAGUUUCCACCAUCAAUUGCGCUUUCCUCACCGAUUCCGUCCUCCCCACUGACCUUGAAUCCCGGUUCCGCAAACUCAAAUCGUUUCCGGUCACUAAAUCAAAGCAGCUUCCGAAGACCUCUUCGGCAAGGGGGAAAGCAGGAUCUAGUUCUUUAUCUAAUGAGCAAACUCCUCAUUUUUCACCCUCCAAGCAAGAGGUGGUGUCGGUGAAAUCUAAACACGGCUCUGUUUCUUCUCCUUCUAAUUCUUCAUAUUCUUCGGAGGAAGGUUCAAUAUCUUCGCUGUUCAAACAAAAAUUGGGUUCGAAACAAAAAUCAAAAGGUGGGUCGCAGUCUUCUCCUGGGAGCAGGUGCAAGAGAUCUCAGCGAUUUGGUCACAAAUGGGGGAGGACUAGAGGAGGACCGAGGGCUCGAGUUGAGACUGGCAGAGCCAAACAUAGUCUUUUACUUAACAAAAGUGCUAAUCACUCUAAGUACUCAAAGGACAGUUACAGUUAUGCCCAAAGACUGGUCAUGGCCGGUUCGGCACCCUCUUCCACUUCUUCCACCCCAUCUCUAAUGACUUCUUUGCCUGCAAAGUCAUCGAGGAGCGCCUUCUCACCGAUUCCCUCCACCGCGACUGUCUCCAAAAUGAAACCAACCACAUGGCUCUCUUCCCCAUACCCUCAUAUUCCUCAGAUUUUUGACAUCUUCAACAACGGCGAUUUCCUCUAUUGUUCUCUAGCUCUGCGAGCUCCUAAAUCUCAUUGA